UCAGUGUGCCCUGAUGAUCAGUAUGGCCCCAGAAGUGCCACCUGUCAGUGCUCAUCAGUGCCACAUCAAUGACACAUAUCAGUGCAUACCAAUGCACAUCAAUGCCACAUAUCAGUGCCCAUCUGAGCUGCCUUUCAAUGUCACCCAUCAGUGCCAGUCAGUGCUACCUAUCAAUGCCAAUCAGUGCCACCUAUCAGUGCCAUGCCCAUCAGUGCCACCUAUCAGUGUCCAUCAGUGUAGCCUAUCAGUGCCCAUCACUACAGCCUCAUUAGUGCACAUCAGUGAAGGAGAAAAAUCACUUAUUUACAAAAUGGUAUAA